GCGCCGGGCGCCGCUUCCAGGCGGGCGAGGCGGGCGGCAGCGGGCGCUCGGUCCGCCGCCGCUGCUUCUAUCGCCGGGAGCUCUUCCCACGGCUGCGGUACCCGCGGGCGCCCAUGGCACAGCGCGGCGGAUGCUGCCCCACGGCUCCGCGCCCCGGCGAAAAGUUUCUGUCUGAGAAAUACGCAUCCACUCAGCAAAACAAAAACAACUUUUAAAGGCUGUUCUUGGUAGAAAUCACUCCAUGCCCCAUUACCUGCUUGAGUGAAACCAGACUAAAGAAGUUCUGUCAUGGCAGCUUUUCUGCUGGGAGCUGUGCUGCUCAUUGUUCAACCUCAGAUAGUGCCUUCCAGACCAGCUAUAAAUUCAAAGGCUGAGACUUCUGCUCAGUCUGCUCAGAGAGAGCUUUUAAAGAAAACAUCUCAGAAAAAUGACUUCAAGGAAAACAUUCAUUCUAAUGGAUCAUGCCGGCAGCUGCCACAGACUAUCAUUAUUGGAGUGAGGAAAGGUGGAACAAGAGCUUUGUUGGAGAUGCUGAGUCUUCAUCCUGAUAUUGCUGCAGCAGAAAGUGAAGUCCACUUCUUUGACUGGGAAGAUCACUAUAGAAAUGGAUUGCAAUGGUAUAUUAAUCAAAUGCCAUUCUCUCAUCCCCAUCAGAUCACCGUGGAAAAAACUCCUGCAUAUUUCACAUCACCUGAAGUGCCUGAAAGAGUUUAUAACAUGAACCAAUCUAUGAGACUACUUCUUAUUUUAAGAGACCCAAGCGAGAGAGUACUGUCAGAUUACACCCAAGUGUUCUAUAACCACAUGCAGAAGCACAAGCCGUAUCCCUCCAUUGAACAAUUCCUGAUUAAAGAUGGUGAACUCAACGUGGACUACAAGGCAAUAAACAGAAGCUUAUACUACGUUCACAUGCAGAACUGGUUGAAGUAUUUUCCCCUUGAUCAUAUCCACAUUGUAGAUGGGGAUAAACUAAUCAAAGAUCCCUUUCCAGAAAUAGAGAAGGUAGAGAGAUUUUUGAAAUUAUCACCACAGAUAAAUGCUUCGAACUUUUAUUUCAAUAAAACUAAAGGCUUUUACUGCCUAAGGGACAGUGGUAGGGAGCGUUGUUUACAUGAGUCAAAAGGACGAGCUCACCCACAAGUAGAUACUCGGUUACUUGAGAAACUGCAUGAGUAUUUCUAUGAGCCUAACAAGAAAUUUUUUGAGCUUGUUGGCAGAACAUUUGACUGGCACUCAUUUGUGGCAAGUUAGUGGUAAACGUGAGAACCUAUGUUCUGGUGUAAAUUUUAAAAGGGCAUUUAAGCUAUAAUUUAUUUGUAAAAAUUCAUAAAUACUUCUGUACAGUAUUAGAUUCACAAUUGCCAUAUAUACUAGUUAUAUUUUUCUACUUGUUAAAUUUGAAAGCAUUUUGUAUUGUUUUUCAUGGUUGUUAACAUUGUGUAUGACGUGUCUAUAUGAAGAAAGUAAAUUAUUUCACUGCAGAAGAUGCUCUCUUGAGAAUGUGUUGUCUUUUUAAUAAAUAAGAAAUUCAUUUCAACAAAACCCUUCAGAAUUAUUUGAAUACUUCAGUCUUUCUGAACUUUAUCCUCUAGUUGCUAAUGAAUAUGCUAAACUUUCCAUUUCUACUUUUAUUGCUCUAAAUUGUGGUCUAAUAAUUUCUUUUUAUCUGCAAAUAUUCUUGUAGUUUGAAAAUUGUUCUAUCCUGCUUUAUGGAAUUUUUUCUUGAUAAUGUGGUAUUUAUACGUGUUGGGACAUGCACACCUAAAGGACAGUGGAAAACUGUGUCAUAAAGCACGUUAACAGCUGUAUUUACCUUCCUACUUAAUGCUGUAGUAACUGCUUCUCAAAUACUUUGGCAGAACCCUACUAGUUUCACGGCAAACUUUUAAAGAUUCUGUGGGGAGCAGCUCAUGAAAUCAAAGUUAAGUGCAGAAAUUGAUUAAUCUAAAACCUUUCUACAGUCUCGGCAUGUAUAUAUCCUUCAUUAUGAAAGAGAGAGGUUUGAGAGAAGAAUAUAAGCAAUAUGGGGACAUUUUAAAGGCUGCUAACUGCUGUUCCUAAAUUUUAUGACACAUCCUUUCCCACUACUGAAAACCAAUGGUUACAUAGAAAAAUUAGCUGGUCUACAUUCCAGUAAGCAGCAACUUCAUUCUUAUAAAUAUUAACACAUUUUUACUGUAUUGAACACUUCUCAAUGAGUUGAACAGCUGCUUCAUGUAACUUAGACGGGCCCACGGGCUACUAUUCAAUUAAUCUCUUUCCAGUAAAUGUAAAGCCAAACUUUGGAUCCAGCCUCGGGUACGAUGGAAUUAACUCAAAUUCCAGGAACUUUUAUUGUCUUCCAUCUGCUAAAAAUGGAAGUUAGAUGCUAGUACAUUGGUAAAAGUUACAGCUUUUCCUAUCUAUGUUAGUUCUGAUGUUCCAUUAGACAUCAAUUUCUGGCAUUAGAGUUAAUCCUGUUUCCACAGAAGGCUUCUAUAGUGCUUUCAUUAUGAGCUAAUUUUCAUGUUAUGAUCUAAAACAUACCCUUUGAACAUUCAGUGGCAAUACCCUGUACAUUUAAACUUGUUACUGAUUGUUUCAAUCCUUCAUAAAAUUUAAAUAAAUGUAGAUAGGUUAAUUUUUCCCAGUGAGAUGGUUCAAACUUGGGCACUGUGACAAGGUACCCUCUGGGUGCAAGUAUCCCAUAUUAUGCUGCUUGCAUGAAAAUUUGCAGAUGCUUCCCCUCUAUAUCCCACUACUUGUGCACCUGCCCAAGCUGUAUUCAACCUCAGAGAGGUUGUUGGUGUUUGUUUCAUAAAGUAGACCUUUGAUGAAAGCCUACUAUGAAAUGGUAUUGUACUCAAUAAAAUAUUUUCUGAAUUGCAUCUUUUU